AUGCCAUAUCGUCACAACCAAAACCCAAAUUCAAAGAAAGCAAAAAAAUCUCGUUCCCGCAAUUAUCCUCCUCGUACUCCCCCUCAUGCUCAUCAACUUGCCGACCAGCCACAAUACUAUGAUAUUAAAAUAGGCGAAUCUUCCUUUUGUAUUUCGCCCGAAUCACUCCGUCGUGAUGCUCCGAAUUUCUUUACUGCCGCGUUUUUCGGAUACUUUGCUGAAUCAGAGACGACAUCUAUCUUCAUCGAGCGUGAUCCUGAUAACUUUGCAAUGAUUGUACAAUACCUUCGACGUUAUGACGUCAAUUGGCCCUUAGACGACCAAAUAGCAAUGAAUAAUCUGAUAGAUGAUGUAAAGUACUAUGGUUUUGAACGAUUGCUAAGACUAUUGGAACAGGCGUAUGAAGAACGAUGGCCACAAAGAGUGGUCCCAUGGCAAAUUAGAACCUACGCACCGGAGACCGAGCCAAUAGUGGCGAUUAAUUUAAAAAAUAUCGAGAUUGAUCGAUGGGAUCAGGAGAAGUUAGUAUAUAAUGUUAGCCCGGUAAUUGAAGCUAAACAGAGCGGAACGGAUAGCGGCCAUGAGAGCGAGGAUGAGGAUGAGGAUGAAACUAAUGUGACAGCCCUUUGUCCGCCGAACACUUAUCAUCUCGAAAUCCAUGCCCGCGACGCCCUGGCCACGGUUACUGUCAACCAGACUAAAGGGAUAAAGUUCGAAUCCUUUACUUUCAAAGAUUCGUCUGAUGAAUCGACUUUCCGCGAUUUGACAUCUCAAUUUCGUUCUUCGGACUCAUCACUUACCUUCUCGCCUUCAUUAAAACUUCCAUUUCUCAAAGAUGCGUGUAUCGUCAUUGACGGUCGUGAAUACUAUGAUUAUAACGAUCUGUCUGCAUAUUUUGGGGUGACAACCAGAGGAAAACCAUUGUAUUUUGAGGAAGCGGUGAUUAGGAUCGACAACGGGACAUUUUUGAUCAGGGCAAAGGCUUGGACAUAUUCGAAUUAUUAUGUCAAACAACCAUUUGUUGACGCUUGCGUCGUCUGA